UUUCUCGCGGUUCGUCCAAUGCAGAAGAGGAGAGGGAACGCCGAAGAGACGAGCACAGCGAAGUCGAUUCAACGGCGCAUAGCGUGGCGGGGCGGUCAGUUGGUUGUUAUGGUUACUAGCUAGCAAACACACACUUCGCGUGAACCAUAUUAUUCUUGCAGAAAGACCUGGAGAAGGUAAACCAUGGACUGGGCCGCGGAUUUGGAAAUCACUUCGAAAAAGCUUUUACCCCGUCUUGGCAGACGAUCAACCCAAAAUGUCACGCAGGAGGAUACCAAGUCGGACGAUGAUCUUCUAGAAAGUCCUGUAUCGGCGUCCUCUAGAAAAUUCACGCAACCACCUGUUGCACCUCCGCGUACCAGGAAAACGGGAUGGGGAGACGAUCUGAAAAGCAGCAGAUCACGAGGAGCAGCGAGUGUUAUCGAACAAGAACGUUCCCGGGGGACCGAAAAGUACGAAUUCGUGGACGAUAUUCCGACUAUUCCGGAUUUGGAUGAAAUACAGGAAGACUGUGCGGUAUCCGAUAUCAAUACGCCUGCAGUGAACGUGAAUAGAGUUACCGCAUAUAAGGAACUCGACACAGAUUUGGUAAAAAAUGCCGCGUUCACUUCCCUCAACGGCGUCAAUUUGUCUCUCCUCGCGAAAAAAUUGUACAAUGAAAAUCUCACAAAGGAACCGGACGAAGUGUGGAAUUGGAAUCUUCUGUUUACGCAAGUUGCCUCUGAAAUAAACAGCGAGGCGCAAAAGAAGAUUUUAACGUGA